UAUGUCAUUUUGGUGAUGGCGAUAUAUUGGUGCACCGAAGCUCUGCCUUUAUCAGUGACCGCUCUUCUCCCUAUAAUUCUGUUUCCUUUCCUUGGAAUUCUCCCAGCCAACAAAGUUUGUCCCCAAUACUUUUUAGACACCAACUUCCUCUUUUUGAGUGGCUUGACUAUGGCAGCUGCCAUUGAAGAGUGGAAUCUGCAUCGUAGAAUUGCAUUAAGAAUCCUUAUGUUAGUGGGAGUCCAACCAGCCAGGCUCAUUUUAGGCAUGAUGCUAACAACUUCCUUCUUGUCUAUGUGGCUGAGUAAUACAGCCUCUACUGCCAUGAUGCUACCAAUUGCAUUGGCUGUUUUAAAAAGCCUUUUUGGAGAUAAGGAAACAUCUAAUGAUUGCAAUAAGGUAAAAGAAGAAAAUAAAGCUUCAGUACAUCAGAAUAAACUUCACAUGGUGCCAACUGAGAUGCAGCUUCUAACAAAUAUUAAUGAGAAAGAUAUGACUGAAGAGAAGGAAGUCAGAGUUGACAUUUCCUUGGAUAUAACGAAGGAAGAACAUGACAAGACAAAUAUAUGGAAAGCAUUUCUGAUUUCCAUUCCUUAUGCUGCUAGUAUUGGUGGAACAGCAACACUGACUGGGACAGCCCCAAACCUCAUUCUUUCAGGACAGUUAAAGAGUUAUUUUCCAGGAUGUGAUGUUGUGAACUUUGGCUCUUGGUUUGUGUUUGCCUUUCCCUUAAUGGUACUUUUCCUUUUCCUUGGAUGGCUCUGGAUAUGCUUCCUUUAUGGAUGCAUUAACUUAAGAGGCUGCAGAAAGAAGAAACCGGAGAUAAGAGCUGAUGCAGAAGGCAGAGCUCGGGCAGUUAUAAAGGAAGACUAUGAGAAACUGGGACCAAUAAAGUUUGCAGAGCAGGCAGUAUUCGUUCUCUUCUGUUUAUUUGCCAUUCUGCUAUUCUCCAGAGAUCCAAAAUUCAUCACAGGUUGGGCAAGCUUAUUUAAACCAGGGUUUGUCUCAGAUGCAGUUACUGGAAUCACAAUAGUGACAAUACUAUUCUUCUUCCCAGCGAAAAAGCCAUCUCUUAAAUGGUGGUUUGAUCUAAAAGCAUCAAAUGUUGAGAAUAAACCUUUGCUAACUUGGAGCAAAGCCCAAGAAAGUGUGCCUUGGAAUAUAAUCCUGUUGCUUGGAGGAGGGUUUGCAAUGGCAAAAGGAUGUGAGGAAUCAGGUUUGUCUGUCUGGAUUGGAGGUCGUCUUGACCCUCUAGAGAAUCUCCCUCCUCCUGUGGCUGUAAUUCUCAUCACAGCAGUCAUAGCAAUGUUCACAGAAUUUGCCAGUAACACAGCUACAAUCAUCAUCUUCUUGCCUGUCUUGGCAGAACUGGCCAUUCGUUUGAAGGUGAAUCCUCUCUACUUAAUGAUACCAGGAACUGUAGGAUGCUCUUUUGCCUUCAUGCUUCCAGUCUCUACACCCCCAAAUUCCAUUGCUUUUGCUUCUGGGCAUUUGAUGGUGAAAGACAUGGCUAGAACUGGCCUACUGAUGAAUUUGAUGGGAAUCUGUCUUCUGAGCUUGGCCAUCAAUACUUGGGCUAUGAGCAUUUUUCAGCUAGGCAGCUUUCCUUCCUGGGCCAACAUCCAUACGGGAAAUGCAACCACUGUAAUGGGACAUGCUCAAAACAUUACUUUGAACUUAACUAUAAAUAAACUUAUAUAA